AUGUUGCCCUCCGUGGCGCCAUUUCCGCCAGUCCAACCGCAUCAUCACCUAAAUCGUUAUCAUGGCACCGGACCCCUCAACGCGCCCUACGGCUUGGAUUCGUCAUUCGCUGCGACCCUACCUCCUUACGACCUCCCUAACAAUUCGUUCCAACCCGCUCACCGCACUCGACUACAAUAUCCCCAGCCCGUCCAGCGCCCUGACGGUAAUGAUCCCGGACCGUCAAAUGGAAUCGGAGAGCAUGCAUUGAGGAGGAAGACACCGAAUGGAACGCUCGCGGCGGGUUACGAUGGUACACCAGGAGAUAUGACGAUACAACCGCCGGCGACGAAACAUAUACUAGUUUCCCAGCUGGAACCAGGCCAGCUGAUUCCACCGCAGGCUGGCUUUCUGACGGACCCGUGGCAACAGUCCACGAUGAACUUUCCGCCGAUGCACAAACUAGAUUCAAGUCGCGCCAAUGCUACACUGGAUGAGAUGACACAAGGGUUCAAUGGGAUCAGCUGGAUACGCUCGCUGAACAAUGCGCCCGGAAUGGAUUCGGUACUCAAUCAGUCACUGCCAAUGCAAGCAUCUCAGCAACGUUUCUACUUGCAUAACGGCGCAUACGUGCCAACUGUUUUGCCAGCAACAUUGCAACCGUGUGUUGGUCCAACGGCUUCAGCAGGGACUGGACCCUACGGACCGUAUUGGCCAGACGGCGCAUAUAUUCCUUAUCGACCUGCCGCAUUUCGUGAACCUCGUCUGAAUACUCAGGCCCCCUUUCAAUACUUUGAUGCGGGCCAUCAGCAAUUCAACGCUGCGCCGACACCUACUUAUCCCGAGUUGACUCCUACUCAUCCCGAACUCGGGGAAUGGACCCAGAGUACUGAGGCCUCAGUGAAGCCCAACUUUCCACCGCGGCAUUCAGACCAGAAGCCCCUUGAUUCAUCAAAUAACCAGCGUGUCCUCCCUUUCCAUACGCGGAAUAGCAGCAGUUCUGGGUCUGGAGCUAGCUUUGCUUCGCGCCCGCUAGCGCCCGGACACCAUUCGUCAUGGUCGGGCACAUCUGGCAACAACGGGUUUCAGACUACCGUAUCAGCCACUACUAAUUCCCGCGUCAAUAAUGCAGAGUUCAAGGAAAAGGUGUUGUCAUGGGCGCACAGCGUUUAUGUGGACUUGCUCGCAUCUAUCCAUCGGGCGCGUCGAAACAGUACUUCUAAUGCUACUCAAGACGGCCAAAAUCAUCUCGUGAAACCUAGCAUAUACCCUAAACCACCACGCCAACCUGGGCUCGAUUUCUCCAAUACAAUCCCACCCGAAGUUACUCGGCACAAUAGCUAUCCGUCCAGCCACAAUGGCCGCUACGAGCGACAUUCCAUGUCUCAGUCUCAACAGGUUUCGCCUGGCAACCAUAUCGUCGAAAGACUACGACACUCGGGCCGUUUAAACUCCAUUUCCAACUCUUUCUCCAAUUCGCCAGUGAACGAGAAUACGACAUUAGUCAAUGCAGCGUCGUCCCUAGAGUUGCUGUCGCAUCUUUGCAUGGAAAGUGGAUGGGAAUGGAUCGACGGAAUGCUCCUCGGCGGUUGCCUAGCCUAUGGACUAGGCGACUACAACAAGGCAAUGAGAUGGUAUUCUAGGAUUAUUGCUCGUGAUUCAUCUCACGUCGAAGCGAUCUCGAAUUUGGCGGCCACGCUUCUGGCUUUGGAACGACGGGAGGAAGCGCUGCAGCAUUGGCUUCGUGCCGUUAAACUACGUCCAAGUUAUUUUGAAGCCGUUGAGCACCUCAUAGGUCUUUUAUGCAGCAGCCAGCGUGGCAAGGAAGCGGUGAACAUCAUCGACUUUGUUCAAAACUCAUUGCGGUUAUCCAAGAAUGGCGACUGCUUCAAGGGCGACGAACAUGCGAGUGAAACAGAGAGCGACGCGGAAAGUCGGAUCUCCGGUGCGUCUGACCUGAGUUCAUAUGACAAGGCCGCUUUUGACUACGAUGAGGAUUAUGGCCAGUCCAGCUUCGCUCGUCGUCAGUCAGGGGAGAGCGCUGCUGCUGCUGGGUACGGUUCGAGUGGCUAUGCUGUCCCGGGCAGCGAUAACGGCCGGAUGUUGGCGCUGGUCCACGCCAAGGGCAAUAUGCUCUAUGCAUUGGGUGACUACGUGGCAGCGGCUACAGCAUUUGAGGAUGCGAUUCUGAUAAGUGCAGGAAGAAGGCGGCACGGUAUCCAGAGCCUGAUCAAGCAGGUCUUUGCUGCCUUUUCGCAAGGGUCACACAGUGACCGCUUUGAUCCGCAGGAAACGAUUCUUCUGUACCCGGACAAGGCUCUGCAGACGUCAAAGCUUGUCUUUGCGCCUUGCGGAACGCCUCCAGGCAUCAAGUAUGUCCCUGAAGGGUUGGCAAGAAAGGCAGCUCUGUCUACAACGAGCAACUCGCUACUUUCGUUGGCCAAGAUAUACCAAGAUGGCAUGUCAAGCAGUCCUAAUGGUGGGCCUCGAUCUGCUGCACCAGGCGUUCGGGACAUCCUCGCCCUCUAUUAUCUGUCUCUUUCCCUUCAGCCGAGCCCAUCCACGGCGAACAAUGUUGGGAUCUUGCUUGCUGGCAUCCAUAGCAAUGCAACCCCUGGAAAAGGUCUCGCCCGGUCAAGCGGUGAGAUGCAGCACCCAGAGAUCCCUGGUGUCCUUCCUGGCACCGGAGUAUCUCUCGCCCUGGCUUAUUACAACUAUGGUCUGCAUCUCGACUCGCGACACGCACACCUCUAUACUAAUUUGGGUAGUCUGCUAAAGGAUAUCGGCCAGCUACAGGCAGCUAUUCGAAUGUAUGAGCAGGCUGUUUCGUGCGACGGCAAUUUUGACAUCGCACUGGCCAACCUAGCGAAUGCGGUCAAAGAUGCAGGCCGAGUCAACGACGCCAUCUCGUACUACAAGCGUGCCGUGAAAGUGAACCCAGAGUUUGCAGAGGCAGUAUGUGGCUUGGCCAAUGCUCUCAACUCCGUCUGCAAUUGGAUGGGCCGCGGAGGUGUCGCUAAUGCAUUCGGCUUCCGGGACCGCUGGCAUGUGGAUGACCAAGGCAUGCUUCGUGACUCGUACGGCAUCGGCGCAGGCUCCGGUUGGAUCAAACGUGUGGUCGAUAUUGUCGAUCGACAGCUCAAAGAAGGGGAGACUUGGGGCCGUGGCGUCCUGACCCCAAAUACCAUAGAGCAGUUGUGCGCGCAGCUGCUUCCUGCAAUGGACGGCGGUCGCCGCCGCCAGUCCGCAGCUGGGGCUUUGCUCGCGAUGCUUCAGUCGUGGGCGGGACAAAAGUGGGAAGGCUCUCGCAUUGUCAAGCUCGUGGAACGCGUAAUCAGGUCGAUUACCUGGCAAUGGUACCAGGACCGAUACAUCUAUGGAAGGGACUAUCCUCCAACAAAGUAUCGACGCCCACAGCUCCCUCCUGGUCUCUCGGCACCAAACGCGCCCACUGUCCUCCCAUUCCACACGUUCACUUGCCCUCUCUCAGCAAAGCAGAUUCGGCAAAUAUCGCAACGAAACGGCCUUCGCAUAUCUUGUUCAACCCUGCGGUCUCCUUGGCUCCCACAGACGGUCUAUCCUCCCCCUGCACCCCCAAAACCAUACCUCAAAGUCGGAUAUGUUUCGUCUGAUUUCAACAACCAUCCCCUUGCUCAUCUCAUGCAGUCGGUAUUCGGGCUACAUAAUCCGGCCAAAGUCAAAGCAUACUGUUAUGCCACAACAGCAAGUGACAAGUCGAUCCAUCGAGCACAGAUUGAAAAAGAGGCCCCUGUGUUCCAUGAUGCCAGCGGAUGGCCUGUUGAACGGCUUGUGAGGCAGAUAGUUGAGGAUGGGAUACACAUUCUCAUCAAUCUUAACGGGUACACUCGCGGUGCGCGUAACGAGGUCUUUGCUGCGAGACCCGCCCCUAUCCACAUGUCUUUUAUGGGAUUUGCGGGGACAUUGGGUGCGGAGUGGUGUGACUACAUUCUUGCCGACAAAUUGUCCAUUCCUAUGGACACACUCUCACCAGGAAACCGCAAUACGCGGAUCGAGGAUCGCCUUUUCGAAGAGGACCACGGCGAAGAUGUCGAGGACUGGGUCUACGGAGAGAAAAUAGUCUUUACCCGAGACACGUUCUUCUGCUGUGACCACCGACAAAGCGCCCCAGAUGCGAGAGACCCGUACAUCGCUUGGGAACAGGAGCAGGCGAGACGCUGGCAGAUGCGAAAAGAGUUGUUCCCCAGCCUCAGUGAUGAUACAAUUAUUCUUGGGAACUUUAAUCAGCUUUACAAGAUUGAGCCUACUACCUUCCGGACGUGGCUGCGGAUACUCGCGAAAAUUCCGAAUGCUGUUCUUUGGCUCCUUCGCUUUCCCGAGCUGGGCGAACAAAACCUAAGGGAGACCGCAGUUGCCUGGGCCGGUGAGGAAACGGCGUCAAGAAUAAUCUUUACCGAUGUUGCUCCGAAGAAUGCGCAUAUCGCGCGAGCAAAAAUCCUAGACCUUUUCCUUGAUACACCAGAGUGUAACGCUCAUACAACUGCGACUGACGUUCUGUGGAGUGGCACUCCCCUCUUGACCCUCCCGCGGUACAGAUACAAAAUGUGCUCUCGUAUGGCGAGCAGCAUCCUCAGCAGCGCAUUGCCGAACAACGAAAACGGUCGACAGGCGCGAGAGGAACUGAUUGCCACGUCAGACGAGGAUUACGAAAAUAAAGCAGCCCACCUCUGCCGGGGCCUGCGUUACGAAAUCGGUGGACAAGGUCGAGGCAUUGGGCGGCUGUUUGAGCUCCGCAGAAUGCUAUUCGAAGAGCGUUGGAGAAGCUCACUAUUUGACACGAACCGGUGGGUUCGCGAUCUGGAAGGCGCCUACGAGCGAGUCUGGAAUCAUUGGGUGAAUGGCGAAGAAGGCGAUAUAUGGUUGUGA